AUGGCCGAUGCUACUGCUACUGCACCUGCAGAGUCGAAGCCCAAGACCGUUGCGAAGAGUUCCAAAUCCGGCCCGGCUGAAGGAGGCGAAGGCAAGAAGAGGUUCGAAGUCAAGAAGUGGAAUGCAGUCGCUCUCUGGGCUUGGGACAUCGUCGUGGAUAACUGUGCCAUCUGCAGAAAUCAUAUCAUGGAUCUCUGUAUCGAGUGUCAAGCGAACCAAGGAGCCGCCACCACAGAAGAGUGCACGGUAGCAUGGGGCAUCUGCAAUCAUGCCUUCCACUUCCAUUGUAUCUCACGCUGGUUGAAGACGAGGCAAGUCUGUCCACUCGACAAUAGAGACUGGGAAUUCCAAAAGUACGGUCGAUAA